GGCUGAAGUGGCACUUUGCAUUCAAAUUUCAGCGUUCAACGACGAGGAAGGAAGCACACUUGCAAAAUUCUCAUUAAACACUACAUCCUCGCAAUCAAGCUCUUUUGGAGACAGAUAACCAUCCACAUAAUACUGCAUUGCCUGUAACACGAUAUCCCGACACAAUGGAGGUGGUGAUUUUCCGGAGACGACCAUCGGCCUCGUGUCUGUCCCUAUGACAGCCUGAGUAACAUAAGUAUGUUCGGAUGCUCUCCAUAAUUAUGCAUUGCAUAUGUUCCAUAAUUGAGAGCAAUAUGCAAACCGCUAGCUACCUUCCCGGCAUUUAUGAGUGUGGCAGUGGCGUACGACGACGACGGGCUCCCUUGUCGCAUCAAAGUUCGACGAACAGAGGUAAAGCGGGAAUUGCCGUCUAGACGAGAAUUAGAAGGCGCAUACUUGGCCAAACAUGUACUUACUACUCGCACUUCACAUGCACUGACUACUUCGUUACGUCUACUUAGAAUUCUCCUUCGUACACAAUUGUACGCUAUUCAAUACGCCACUCUUUCUUCAUAGAAAGGCUGUAGCGCUGACGUGAAACCUGAGCAAUGUCUCUGCAGAACUUACCGGUUGAGGUGCGUUUCUGUCAAUUGGUCAUUGUAAAGUUUCCUCAGUAUGUUUCACAGCUCCUGUACGAGAUUUUCAUGUAUGGCCAAUCGGAGAACCUCCCGCUGGUCUCGCAGCAUUUUUAUGCUGUCUUUAAAUCUGCACCCACAUCCGUGCUAUCACAGUAUUUGAUAUCCAGGCAUUAUGGGCUCAAUCUCGUGGUCAAGAGUCUACGGUACCCUUUCUGUGAUCAGCAUGUACUGGAGGCUAUCUUCCGAGGCCUCUCCGACACCGUCGCUUCUCAGGACAUCUCGUGGGCGACGGAGCUUCCACGCAGACUCUUUCGAUCACUUCAACCGAAGUCGGGGUCGCGUGCGGGGGACAAACGACAGCGGGACGAAGGGUGGACUCGUGAUGAUUACCCAUUACCAUUUCUACGAUACAUCGAUGACCAUCCACGCCUACACCCGCCGAAUAUGAAUGCAUGGGACGGGUAUGCCCUGACUAAGGCUGUUGCCGCCGGACAUACCCCGCUCAUACGUUUCUUACUCGAGCACGGAGCUAAUCCUGGAUGCAAAGGCGGGCUAGCAGUCAAGGUGGCUAUUCAGCAGAAGGAUUUGGAAUUGGUCAAGCUACUCAUCGAGCGUGAUGGCUCAGUCCCCGUUCUGGAAGCACCAAAGGACCGUAAGAAAGCUCGUGUAGAGAUUAGGGAUGGCCCCUCCCCGAAAGGAAAGACAAUGUCAAAACCGAACAGGGCGAAGAAGAGAAGGCUGGAGGAUAGACUAGCCGUUACUCAGGAUAUGCUCAAGAUCGCUGUUCGAUGCGACGCCAGGUCCAUCGUAGAAUACUUCAUGAACGAGAAGGGCUGCGUCCCGGAUAUGCAAACCAUCAUGAUGAUGUCUCCUUGAUCUAGGACACCUACUGGUUGAAGGUUGAUAAGACAAUAAUGGAUGAGUCCGCUCUCCAUUUCAUCUGAAAGCUACAUCCAAUGGCGUCGUGUUGUGAACUCAGGUCAUUCCGCACACAACUUUCGACAUCUCAACCUUGUCGCACUGCAAAGUUCAUCAACUCUGCCGACAGAGGGAAAGAAGACGCGGCGUUCAGGAUCGCAUUCUGGCUCGGCACCACCUCGCGAUAUGACUCUACAUGUCGAAUUGCACUCGAGGCCUCAGCGCACGAAGAGAAGAAUGCCCACGCAGCUUUAUUAGCUAGAUGAGUUUGUAGGGCCGAACAGGAUGGUCAUAUCUCGCAUUGAUCCAAGUGAGAAACAUCUAGAUGGACAGGUGUAUUGAAUGGGGUCGAAAACAUGAUGAUCGUGACGAAAUAGAACUAUAUGAAAACAAACAACAGCGAGCAAGAGAUACACCGUACAUCUACGAAGGAAGUUAAUUAAAGGAACUAAGACACUUAAACAAUGUGGCAUACCGAAACCAUGAAUAGAGAGAUACAGAUGACUUAUUGCCGUC